AUGCCGGUGGUGUCCGUCAACCGUGACCGGCUGUUCGAAGCCCUGGGCCAAGUGUACUCCGAUGAGGAGUUUGACAAGCUAUGCUUCGAGUACGGCAUUGAGCUCGACGAUGUGACCUCCGAGAAGGAGAUGCUGCGCAAGGAGCAGGCUAUCAAGGCCGACUCGGCGGCGCUGGCGGAGGCCAGCGAGGAAGUCAUCUACAAGAUCGACAUUCCCGCCAACCGGUACGACAUGCUGUGCCUGGAGGGCAUCGCCCGCGCCCUCAACAUCUUCCGGGAGCGGCUGCCGGCCCCCACCUACACGCUGGCUAACAACGGCGUCCCCACCGAGCGCCUGGCCAUCAGGCCCGCGACCGCGCUGGUGCGCCCCUUUGCGGUGGCAGCCAUCCUCCGGGGCGUGACCCUGGACGGGGGGCGGUACGCCUCCUUCAUCGACCUCCAGGACAAGCUGCACCAGAACCUGUGCCGCCAGCGGACCCUCGUGUCCAUCGGGACACACAAUCUGGGCGUCAUCCAGGGGCCCUUCACAUACGAGGCGCACCCUCCCCAGACCAUCCGCUUCGUGCCCCUGAAGCAGACCCGCGAAUUUGCAGCCGAUGAGCUCAUGCAGCACUACCUAGCCAACGACCAGAAACUGAAGAAGUUUGUGCCCAUCAUCCAGAGCAGCCUCGUUUACCCGGCCGUGUAUGACGCCAACCGCGUCCUGCUCUCCCUCCCGCCCAUCAUCAACGGCGAGCACUCCAAGAUCCUCAUCGACGCCAACACCCCGCAAGACAUCCUGAUCGAGGUCACCGCCACCGACCUCACAAAGGCCAACGUCGUCCUGAACACCGUCUGUGCCAUGUUCUCCGAGUAUUGCGCCGUACCCUACGAGAUCGAGCCGGUGGAGGUGGUGGACGCCUUUGGAAAGUCCACAGUGACACCUGACGUGUCGCCCCGGGAGAUGCAGGUGGAGCUGGCCUACAUCCGCAGCACCACGGGGUUGACCCUGGACGCCGAGCAGGCCUCCGCCUACCUCCGCCGCAUGCAGCUCGAGGUCAGGGCUCUGCCCGGCGGCCAGGCACUCGGCAUCCGCGUGCCCGUCACCCGGUCCGACAUCCUGCAUCCCUGUGACGUGGUGGAAGACGUCGCCAUUGCCCACGGCUACAACAACCUGAGGAUAACCCAGCCCAGCGACGCGACGACGGGGCGGGAGCUACCGCUGAACGCGCUGUGCGAGCUGCUGCGCGGCGACGUGGCUGCCGCCGGCUGGACUGAGAUCCUGACGUGGGCACUCUGCUCGCGGGAGGAGAAUUUUGGCGCGCUGCGGCGUGGCGACGGCGCGGGCGGCGCGGUGACCAUUGGCAACCCUGCUACCGCGGAGUUCGAGGUGGUGCGCACCAGCCUGUUGCCGGGCGCACUCAAGACCAUCGGUGCCAACCGCGACGCGCCGCUGCCCAUAAAGCUGUUCGAGGUGUCGGACGUGGUGCUGCCGUCCGACUCCGCCGCCUGCGGCGCCGUCAACCGCCGCCGGCUGGUGGCCGUGCACUGCGACAAGACCUCGGGCUUCGAAGUCACCCACGGCCUGCUCAACCGCGUGAUGGAGAGCCUGAGGGUGCCCCUGGUCGCCCGCCUGGGCGGGGAGGAGGGCGAGCGGGCGCGUGCAGCCUACGGCGGCGGCUAUGAGUGGAGGGCAGAGGACGACGCCACCUUCUUCCCGGGCCGUUGCGCUGCCGUGUAUGCCAAGGGUGAGCGGGUGGGCCAGUUUGGCAUCGUGCACCCGCAGGUCCUGGCCGCCUUUGACAUCGCUUUCCCCGUGUCUGCCCUGGAGCUCGAUCUGGAGCCCUUCUGCUUCGACCAGAUGUACCGGCCCCUCUCCUGCGCCCCCGCUUCGUGA